AAAUAUUUGAACCAUUAAUUAAUUAAAUAAUAAACUAUUAAACUAUUACAAAAAAUAUUAUAUAUAUAAUUACUUAAUUACGUAUACAGUAUACACAUAGUUCAACCUUUUGUUUGUAUUAGUUUUUAUUUGUUAGUUGGAUAGUUAAUUUUUCAUUAUUUUAUUUUAAACCUUUUUUUAUACACAAUAGUUAUGGCGGACAAUGAAGGUGACACCGUGUAUGAUCCAGCUAAAGAUCCGCUUAGAAGAGCAAAAUCUAAUGAUCCAGGAUGGAAUCAUGGAUUUUGGCCAGACUUGAACAACAAAGACAUAGUCCAAUGUAGGCAUUGUAAUAAGCAAAUGUCUUCUGGCAUAAAGAGAUUAAAACAACAUCUAGCUGGCGGGUAUGGAGAUGUUGCUAAAUGUCCUCAUACGACAACAGAACUUAUGACGGAGAUGCGAGCAUAUUUAAUGAGGAAAACCAGGAGUAAACCGAUCCAGAUUGAAGAUGACGGCGAUGAGGAUGAUGCUAAAGUACCUUUCACUCAAAUAGAUACUUCAACUUCUCAACCGAGUUCUGGGACAGCAACCAAGAGGAAAAAUGCUGCUUCGCAAUUCUUUAAUGUCCCACCAAAAAUGCCCAAACAAAACAAAUCAAUUGCCUCCAUCAUUCGCAAAACUCCUGAGGAGGUUGUUGAUGAAAGACAUACGAAAGGCCCCACCCAAACUACACUAGAACAAUGCACAAAAAGCAAGGAGGAGAAAGAGAGGGUCUUCAUGCACAUUGCUGAUUUUUUUUAUGAAAAUGGCAUUCCUUUUAAUGCAGCAAACUCCAGGAGUUAUGAGAAUGGUGGAGUCAAUUGGGCAGUUUGGACCAGGACUUAAACCUCCUAGCUAUCAUGAGUUGCGUGUACCACUUCUUGAAAAAGCAAAGAAAAAUACAGAGAAGCUCAGAGAAAAACAUGAACUUGCUUGGAAGGAAUACAAGUGCACACUCAUGUCUGACGGAUGGUCUGAUCGAAGGAAUCGACACUUGAUUAAUUUCCUUGUCAAUAGUCCAGAAGGUACUUUUUUCCUAGACUCGGUUGAUGCAUCAGGUGAAUCUCAAGAUGCAACAUUGCUAGCAGGUUUGCUUGAGAAAAAAAUUGAAGAAGUUGGAAAAGACAAUGUAGUGCAAGUGUUGACAGACAACGGCUCUAACUAUAAGGCUGCGGGAAAGCUUCUAGAGCACAAGAUAUCCACGCUUUAUUGGACUCCAUGUGCUGCACAUUGUUUGGAUUUGAUGUUGGAGGAUAUCGGUAAAUUAGCCGAU